AUGACAAUAGAGCAGAUGGCAGACAUUGCCUAUAAGCUGGGAAUCCUGGUUGAUGAAGACUCUCCAGAGUGCCAGACUGCAAAGACAAAUGCAGAAGCCAUCACUGCAGAAAUUCAAGACAUCCAUAAAUACAAAGAAGAUCAGCUUCCACGGCAAGGUGAAAUAUGGAAAGAACUGACCUGCUUAGAGAAGGAAGAAUUUCGACUUCAACAUAUCGGGUCUAGAAAUAUUGAAGAUUACAGAAGCGAACUUCUGUUACAGAAAAAAGAACUGCGGAAAAAGCAGAACUCUUAUAACAUGUCAACAGCUAUGACAUGCUUCAUCAAUGCAAUAUCAAGCCCAGGAACAGAGAGGUUUUAUUUCCUGAAAUUGAUGCAAAUGAACCUCGAUAACCUGUCUCAUGUAAAAUUGUCUGAACUUCAAGAGAAAUAUAAAGAAAAAUGUAAAAACUCUGAGAACAAAGAGGAGAUCAAGGAAAUUGACAGACAAAUUUCCAACAGCUCACUGGGGACUGAACACUUCUUCCGUGAAAUGGGUCAGCUCUAUGAAGCUUCACUGUCCCUUCCACAAACAGAUCCAGCACAUCAACAGCUGCAGCAUCUGCCCAAACUGUGUGCAGAGUUGUUGCUUGAUGGAUUUCCUCUUGAGCUUGUAGAUGGAGAUGCAUCCAACAUCCCUCUCAGAUGGGUGAGUGAUGUUCUCUCUCAGCUCAGUGACUUGGUGUCUCCAAACAGAAAGAUACUGGUAGUCACAGUUAUUGGAGUUCAGGGCACAGGAAAGUCCACUCUCCUUAACACCAUGUUUGGAGUGCAGUUUGCAGUCAGCAGUGGUCGAUGUACUCGAGGUGCCUUUAUGUUGCUCAUCAAAAUCAAUGAAGACAUGAAAAAAGUCCUAAACUGUAACUUCAUGGUGAUCAUUGACACUGAGGGCUUAAAGUCACCAGAACUUGCACAACUAGACAACAGCUAUGAGCACGACAAUGAGCUUGCAACACUUGUUGUAGGGUUGAGUGAUGUCACCAUUGUUAAUAUUGCAAUGGAGAAUUCAACUGAAAUGAAGGACAUCUUACAAAUAGUUGUGCAUGCUUUUCUCAGGAUGAAGGAGGUGGGCAAAAAGCCUAAAUGUGUGUUUGUUCACCAGAAUGUGUCCAAUGUUUCAGCCCGUGAGAAGAACUUACGAGACAGGAAACUGCUCCUGGAACAGUUAAACGAGAUGACCCAGGCAGCAGCCAAAAUGGAAAAGAUUUUCAACAUUCAAGAUUACAAAAUGGCUGCACAAAAACUGGCUGACAGCAUCAUUGAUGCUUUCAAUCAAUUUGUGAGAGAAAAAGUGAGAAGGAAAAAAAUGUACAGUGACACGUAG